CAGUGGGUCAGUCGUGUUGAGCGCACCCACAGGGCCAGGGAAGAGGCACUCUCAUCUCCCUGCUCCUGCCUGUGGGUGGGAUUGCUCCAGGAUGUGAGCCCCUCACACUGUCACGAGGGUGUGGCCAGAGGGAUGCAAGACAUCUUGACGAGCGAGGGGCCAGAGAGCCUGGGCAGACAGCAAGAAGUACACAGAGCGGACGGAAGCCUGACCAGGGCCACCUGCACACUGCUCCCCUCAGGGGCGGCUGGGAUGGAGGUGUUGCCCAACAGCCCUUACGGGAUGCCUGGACAAAGCCAUGACUAUGGUCUGCGUGUGUCCCUAAAAGUGCACAUGCUGGAAACGCGGUCCUCAAAUGUGUGCUACUGUCUGGAGGAGAAGCGUCGGGGGAGACGAGGUCCUGAGGGCAGGGCUUUAAGUUGCUUUCUGAGCAGGGGGAGGUGCGCUCGCUGCGUUCUCACCACAGAGCAAGCAAAGCACAGAUACGGUGCACCAGGCAGCGGACAGGAGGCCUCCCGCCGAGCCGAAGUCAGGGACCAGAGGCGCUUAGCUUCCAAACCUGGGAGGAGGUUGAGGAACCAGGGGCUAUUUCAUGCUGUUCUGUUGCUGCUGUUCGUGUUCUGCUGUGAUGUAAAGCAGAGAACUGCCCGCUCUCGUUGUUUCCUGGGACGCACAAGCCUUCCCAGAGGUGGCCGGGGAAAGGUGAGCCCCAGGGCUACAGUGUGCUGGAUGUCACCUGGCUGCUGUCUCCUCAGGGUCACCGUCAAGGCAGCUGUGGGUGCCGCUAGAUCAAGGGUGCUCUUCACCCUCCCUCAUCAUAUUCUGCAAUGCGCAUGAGCCAGGCCGGUGCUCGCCUCGGGGAGAGAGUGCCACGGUCCAGGCACCUUUCCCAGCAGCUGGCCCGUUGGGCAGAGCUGUGGCGGAGCCCAGCGCCCUCAGGCACUUGCCCCCUCUGCACUGGCAGUGGCUCCACACCCCGUCCCCACAGCUGUGCAGAGGGCACUGAACACAAGCCUGCCGCCCGCCCUCGGCUGCUCCCUGGCCGCAGAGGGUGCCGUCCCCGCUAGCCCCCAGGUUCACUCUGCGCCAUCUUCCCGGCCCAGAGCUUCUCAAGGCCCCAGACAGUCCUCUAGGUGACAGGGAGACUGCAGUGAAAGGCAGUGAUGAGGGGCCCACUGUCCCGGGCCCACUGUCCCGGGCCCUGGACACAGCCCCCAGGACGAGGCCUGCCCCGCAACAGCUCCCUGUGCCCCCGAGAAUGGUGUCCCUGGAGACCCCCCCAUGGGCCUGCAGACCCCAUCCUGUGAUGAUUCCUCCUGCCAGCCCCCCAACCCACAGUCCACCAAUGCCAGUGCCACGGGCCCUGCUGCUCUUGGGCUGGCAGCCUGCCCCUCGCCCUCGCGUGCUCUGAUGGGGCAGGACGCUCUUCUCUGCAGUAGGGCCCCACUCUGCACCAGGGCCCACGCCUGCCCCUGCACACCCUUGAAAGGCAACCUCCUCCCCGCCCUGGGCCCCUGCCCUCCUCCCUGCCCUGGGCCCCUGCCGUCCUCCCUUCAGACCUGAGCCGUCAGGUCAGUUUGCACCAGCCCUGCCCCCCCCAUCCUGCCCUGCCACCUGGGAGGCCAUCCCUGGAUGACCGUCCCACUCCUUGCCCCAGUACCUGUACCCCCACCACAGUGGAGAGCCUCACUCUUCCCCUCCUGCAGGAUGCUGCCCUGGCCCUGCACAUGCACCUCGAAAUGCCAUCUGAACACUAGGCAGGGGCCCCCGGAUGCUUCAGACUCAGGGUGUCUCAACUUGCUUACCCCUGCUGUCCCUGGAGCGUGGUACCUGCCUUCCCCACCCCACAACCAGAAACGUCCCCAGAGCCCCAAGGUGUCACCAACACCUCACUCUCGUGGUCCACGGCCACACUACCCUCAGGGCCACUCCCUGCCCAGCCACCAAGUGCCCGGUGGGGGUGGCAUGAGUCCUUCCCCCUCCUUUGCUGCUCCCUGGCUGCGACUCUGCAAGGCACCUUCUGCCUUUUCCAUCCCUGGUGAGACAGUCACCCAAGCAAGGGCUCAUGCCCUGAGCUCAGCCUCGCCGCGCGUGGCACCUAGGCCCCGCAGGAAGGCCAGCUCCGGCCGUGGGAAGAGCGCUUCCGCCAGCCCUUCCGCUUCCCAGAUGAAUGCGCUCCAUCCGCAGGAGACGCGGACGGAGCGCGGCUGGCUUGGCUGGGCUUCUGCUAACAGCACGCACACUGUUUGGAAAUAGAAAUUAAAGAGCAUUUGGGAAUUGGGGUAUGUGCAGAGAAA